UCCACACAACCCCGAAACCACCGCAGCCCAACCGUCGGCACGACCUAUAAUGCUCGCCGCCUGCGCCUGGAGGCUGUCCCAGCGAGCCGUCACGUUCCUUCCCCGCGUGCGACCCCAAAUCCUAAACCCUUUCCCCAUGGCCGCCGCCGCCGGCGCCGCCUCGCCCAAGCGCCUGAGGGUAUACUCGUCCGCCGCCGGCGACGCCGACCCCUCCAACGGCGCGGGGAACGGCAGGCGCGUGGGGACCCACAACGGCAGCUUCCACUGCGACGAGGCGCUCGGCUGCUUCCUCAUCCGCCUCACCUCCCAGUUCGCGGGCGCCGACGUCGUCCGCACCCGCGACUCCCAGAUCCUUGAUUCGCUGGAGGCCGUGCUUGACGUUGGUGGUGUCUAUGAUCCCAGCCGUCAUCGCUAUGAUCAUCACCAGAAGGGCUUCAACGAGGUCUUUGGAUAUGGCUUUAACACGAAACUUAGCAGUGCUGGGCUUGUUUACAAGCAUUUUGGUAAGGAGAUAAUUGCGAAGGAGCUUCAGCUUAAUGAGGACCAUGAAGAUGUUCACCGCGUGUAUCUUGCCAUAUACAAAAGCUUUGUUGAGGCACUUGAUGCAAUCGAUAAUGGAAUCAAUCAAUAUGACACGGAGCAAACCCCCAAGUAUGUGAACAAUACACACUUGUCUUCACGUGUUGGGCGCCUUAAUCCAGAUUGGACUGAUCCAGAUCAAUCACCUGAGAAGGAAAAUGCCGCGUUUCAACAGGCAAUGGCUCUUGCCGGAAGUGAGUUUAUGGAGAGUGUCCGCUUUCAUGUUAAGUCGUGGCUACCUGCAAGAUCUAUUGUCAUGGAGUGUUUGCUGUCAAGAGGAAAUGUUGAUCCAAGUGGAGAAAUCAUGGUUUUAGAUAGAUUCUGCCCGUGGAAACUUCAUCUAUUUGAGCUAGAGCAGGAGCUGAAGACUGAUCCCCUGACCAAGUAUGUGCUGUAUGAGGAUGAGAGGAGCAAAGGCUGGCGAGUGCAAGCCGUCUCUGUUGCACCCGACAGAUUCGAGAGCCGAAAGGCUCUCCCAGAGAAGUGGAGGGGCAUGAGAGAUGAUGAACUGUCCAAGGAAACCGGCAUCCCUGGCUGUGUGUUCAUCCAUAUGAGUGGAUUCAUUGGUGGGAACAAGACCUACGAGGGAGCCUUGGAAAUGGCCAGAGCUGCCCUCAAAUGCUAAUUCAACCGAAGCAACAAGCAGUAAAACAGUCUCACCGUGUUAUGAUUGAGUUUCAGUGCAGCGAAUUUACCAUUGACAUGUCGGCAUUUGACUAUGUAUGCUCCUUGGCGUAAAACAUCCACCUGAUAGCAGAGAUUGGUUAUCUUAUCCGUACGAGGCUGAACGAACAAGUAGAGUUAUAUCUUUUGAUUAAAGAGAAGACGGCUGAACGAACAAGUAGAGUUAUAUCUUUUGAUUAAAGAAAAGACGAUGAAACUCAUUAGUUU